UUCAUCUGAGAUUUCUUCUGUAAGAAAAAAAUUCCCUUCGAAAAACAAAAGAAGGUUUUGAUUUCGUUUAUCAAAUCAUGAGAUUCCUCAAUUAGUCUACCCUAAUUUUUACUGCUCUUGUGUUCUUCAUCAACUAUUCUACCCUAAUCUUCGACCAAUUUCUUCUGGAAGAUUUUUGUUGCUCUUGUGUUCUUCAUCAAAUCAUGAGAUUCCGCAAUUAUUCUACCUUAAUUUUUCAGAUACGUUGUUAACAGAUCGGGAUUUCGUUUAAUUGCAGAUAAAAUUGUUGUUAGGGUUUUCAGUCGAUCCUUCACUAUUCUUCUGUGGAUCUAAUUGAUGUUUGCCCUAAUUUCUAUUUCAGGUUGAAAUAAACAGUUGGUGCGAUUUCAGGGAUUCAUUGCAAUCAAAUCUGCAUGGAUACAAAUCAAUAUGGCAGUGAUGGUGUACAAACUAUAACCACUCAAUCACUGCAGAAUAGUGCAUAUGUUGGGAAUAGUUUCAAAGUUUUUGUUGAAGUUGAUGCAGCUUGUAGACCAAUGAAGAAAAAUUUGCUUCUCGUGUAGGGGAACUUAUACGAGCGCAUUGCCCAAUACGUUAUGAAGAUUGGAGGAUUGUCCCGGAAAACUUUAAGGAGGAUGUGUGGAAUGGCUUAAUGAGCGAGUUUAAGUUUAAUGCUCCUUCGCACUUGGUACGCCCGAACCUCGAAGUAACCUUUUCACAGAAGUUCAGAACAUUCAAAUACCAGCUUCGGCAGAAUUAUUUCAAGAUAUCCAGAGGUAAAGCACAAAUUGAAGCAUCUAUUCAAGCUGGUUUGGAUCCAAAUGCGUGGAAAAGCAAAGAGGAGAUUCUAGAAACGUUCUGAUGGGGGUUACUCCAAGUAAUUGGACCGUUUUCUUUGAGAAUGAGUUCAAAGAAGGAGUCAAAGAAAGCCAUCAAAAGAAAUCAGAGAACAAAAAGAAAUGCACAAUCCCUCAUACUCUUGGGAGGCGUACCUAUGCGAACAAAUGUGAUCUCCUUGUAUCUUGCAGAAGAGGAUGGGAUGGUUACAGAGGAUCGCGAAUACACUUGGAUGAAGGGUCGUGAAAAAUGCGAUGAAACUGUUCAUCUAUCAGCAGUUGAAAAAUAUGAACAAGUCAAAGCUGCCUAUGAGAAGCGGAAAGAGGGAGGAACUGACUGCUCAUAUGAUUUUGAUUCUGAUGGUUUAGUUGAUGUCUUUGGCCAAAAUAAGGGUAAAAGGUCUUUACGUGUCUUUUCCUCCAGCGUUUCUGCGAAGCGUGCUAAGCAAGCAUUCCUGACUGCUUCUCUUCGCGAUUCUACAGUUAACAAAUGCAACUCCCCUGUCAUCAGACUGAAAAAGGUCAUGGCACAAAAUAUAUCCAGUGUCCAUCCGACAAGCGAAGAAACAAUCUUGGAUGAUUCUUGUACCCCCAACUCUGAGUUCCCUCUCCAGAAAAUCAUGCUUUUACCAGGAAUUUAGAUACCAUGUCAGAGCCACAACCUUUCGACAAUUCUGGUUUUGAAGAGUCUUCAUAUCAGAGUGUGAAUUUGUUGGACAUGAAUGGAAAAAUAGUUGCAGCUGGAUAUGUGGCAACCGGUUUGGAAGGUGAAGUCUGUCACCACAGAAUUGUCCAAAAAAAACGAGACGAAAGUUCGCAUAGAACGCGUCUACGAUGAUUCUGCACAAAUUUGGGACCCUCCUCAAAGUGAUGACUUCUAUAAGCUAUCUUCUUAUGUUGCUGGUGGUUGGAUAAUAUGGCAUAAGAAGCGUCUGCUAUUUACAAAUUAAACUUUGUGUACCUUGUUACAGAUCAGUACUACUAGGUAGAGUUUAUGUUUUAAUUUAUGAUAGUUUCUAUUGUUUAGUGUUUUAAGAGUGUAUUGGGGAUAUCCAGUGGAUGUUGAAAUAUAUUUCUUUUUACUAAUUUAAUUUCUAUAUCUAUUAAAAAGUUUGGGUACCA